AUGGACAGAAUCAGUCUGUUAUCUGAUGACUUGCUGGUGAAGAUAUUAUCGUUUCUUUCAACUAAAGAAGCUGUGUCCACUAGCGUUUUGUCGAAACAAUGGGAGUUUCUUUGGAUGUGGUUGCCUAGACUCGAGUUCACUUCUCCUUGGGGUACAAAGCCUGGACAUCGGGAGUUUAUCUACAAGAAUCUGCCAUUACAUAGAGCUCCCUUCAUAGAAUGCUUGCGUCUUGUGUUGUUGUAUGAUAGUUUGAUUGAACCUGAAGAUAUCAAACUGUGGGUUGAGAUUGCAGUUUCUCGCCAUGUACGUGAACUGAUCAUUACGAUUUAUUCUCCCUCUCUGAAGACAUUGAAACUUGAAUUUGUGACAUUUGUAGAUGGACUUGAACAGCUCCUAUCAGUUUGUCCUGUUCUUGAAGAUCUAUCGGUGCUGGAUUGUUCAUGUGACGACGAUAUGAAAGAUUUAACUAUUACUGUCCCGUCUUUGCAGAGUUUAUCACUCUGGUAUGAGAUAGAUACUCCUAAUUUAAAGUAUUUGAAACUUGUCGACUCGAGUAGUAAUGAGGAACAUGAACACUACUCCCCUUUGAUUAAGAAUAUGCCUAAGCUGACGGAAGCAUAUGUCGAUGUUGGAUACUCUAAUCUCAACAGUAUUAUUGGAUCAAUCACAUCUGCCAAGCGUCUUACAAUAUGUUCAGUGGGUGUGUAUGGUGGUGAUGGUUUUGUUUUCAAAAAUCUUGAAAAACUGAAACUAUGUUUGUGCAAAAUGACUUUGUCGAAACUCUUUGUCCAGUUGCUCAAGGAUUCUCCAAAGUUACAAGUAUUAGACAUCUCUGGAGUGGGAGUAAGUUUCUUCGAUAAACUAUUGUUUUUUGAUCAUUAUAUUGAUGGGGGUAGUGGUAUGGUUUCAUGGAAUCAACCGAGUUCUGUUCCUAAAUGCUUGUUGUCGAGUCUACAGAUUUUCAACUGGUCAGAUUACUUUGGGAGAUCACAAGAUAAAGAUAUUGUGGUUUAUAUCUUAAGAAACGCAUGUCACUUAAAGAUGGUAACAAUCGAGUGGUCUGAAGAAUCCGUGAUUCCACCCCUUGAUAUGUUAAAGGAGUUGGCGUUUUCUUCCCGAGCUUCAACCACAUGUAAACUUGUUUUUAAUUGUGGAUGUUGA